AUCGCGGUUACUUUCAGUUGUUGUUUACUCACCUUACCUCGAAAGGUGUGUGAAAAACAGAUUUAAUUUUCAUUUAUUGGACACCCAAAGGGGGAAAUUGACGCCGGGUGUUAUUUAGUGAACGAUUUGGCUCGACGGUAUUUCACUUGUAUUCAGUUUACAAUUCAUAUUUCCUCCACCGUCCCUUUUCAAGUCCCCAAAAAAUGCAUAUGGUUUUGCGACCCAGAAAAUCAAUGAAUCCCAAUUAUGAGGACGACGAACAGGAAGAAACAGCAGAAACAACCAAAAGGCUGUUGAGGAAGUCCUUCCGCCUGGCGCAGAGACCCACGGACGCGGACUUCGAAGACUUGGACUCUGAAACUGUGCACGGUGAGGUGAUGGAGAGAGUGCAGACUGAUGAUGAAGAAUCCAUGGAGGAAAACGAUGACACGGAAAUGAAGCGCUGCAGCGUUGUGCUGGACCGUCUCGGCGAUAAGACCACGCGAAGAGAACCUGAGGAGCGAGACGACAUGAACCGCAAAAGCGCCAAGCCUGCCUCUCGCAUCCCAACUUUCCAUAAGCGGCCUGCUGUUGUGAGCGCAGAGCUGCCCGUCUCAAAAAAAGAGCCUCCUGCCAACCUGGUUCAGCCUACUGACAAACCUGCAAAUGUUGACGUAUCCAAGACCAAAAUACUUGAACCCCACCUCCAGCCACUGGUCCGCACCCCUAAAGUUAGUUUGGAGGCCCGCACCACCCCGUUCAGCAUAGAACAAAUGGCCGCAGGGGCUGCCCCCCAAAACUACGUCUUGUGUGAGGCAGUGCCACCCAGUCUGAUGCUCAGCCCCAGGCCUGCCCUCAGAGCAGAGGAGAAUCUCAUCCAAUGGGAAAACGAGAGCCAACACACGGAAAUGGACAGCGCUGCAAGCAGCCUUCCGCUCAUGGGCGCCCAAAGCAAUAACGCAUGUCUGGAAGAAAUUCCUCAGAAGCCUUAUUUAGAGAAAAAGAUCAAUAUUCCUCUAACAAUACCCAAAGAGCCCACCUGCAUACCCCACACGCAAGCUAUUGUGGACGAAAAACCACCAUGGGAGGUCGAAGAUCCAAACGCAGCUGAGUCCAAUGACCCAAGAUCGUCAGACAUAGAUAGUGAGAAUGAUCAGUCAUCGGAUGAUCACUCCUCGGAUGAUUCUGUCAAUACAGAGGACUGCAAUGAACCACAAGCAAGCAUACAGGACAGCGAGGAGGUUGCAAAGGACGAAGCUGAAAUUGACGCCAAAUCGGCCUCUUCUGUGCUAGCAGAGCAGCCUGCUAAAAGUCCAUCAACCAAGUCAACAAAAGGAUGUCGAUGCGGAGGCUUGGUCCUCUACUUCUUGCUGUCGGCAACUCUGCUGCUGUUUGGUAUGCACGCGUGGCGCUUCGGCCUCCCCAUGUCGGUCAGCCAACUCGCUGCUCAUCUGGAGCUGCACUGGCUGGAGGGCGUGGGCCCCAUCACGGAGGAGUGUAGCAGAGAUUGUAGAGCUCAUUUGGUGGAGAGCAUUCCCGUGGGUUUGUACCCGUCCAGUCCGUCGCCGCAGCACAGCACAGCGGCCACCUGGCUCAAGCUGCUGGACCGAGCCAACAGCUCGGUCAGCAUCGCCGCUUUCUACGUGACGCUGCGGAGCAACGAUUCCAAGUUUGCCGGCUCCGUGGACAUUCAGGGCAGGGAGGUCUUUGAGCAGCUGAAGCAACUUCCAUCCAAACAUGUGAAUCUCAGUAUAGCCGUGAAUGGCCCACAGACGUCCACUCAGGACACGAGUGAAUUGGCUGCAGCAGGUGUCAACAUCAGGGAGGUGGACCUGAAGUCUAUAUCUGGAGGUAUCGUGCACACCAAACUGCUGCUGGUUGAUCAGAAGCACUUCUACUUGGGUAGUGCCAACAUGGACUGGCGUUCUUUGACUCAGGUGAAGGAGGUCGGUGUUGUCAUAGAGGACUGCAGCUGCCUGGCGCAAGACGCCACUCGUAUCUUGGAGAUGUACUGGAGCCUCAAUGGAUCCCUGCCACUCUAUUGGCCAGCUCGCUUCACCGCCCUGUCCAGCUCCCGGGAUCCUCUGGAGGUCAACUUGAACGGAGUCGCCGCCAAAGUCUACUUGUCUAGUUCCCCCCCACAGAUCUCAGCGCGAGGACGCGAGGAUGAUCUCCACACCAUCUUGUCCGUCAUUGAGGAUGCUCAGGAAUUUAUUUAUAUCUCUGUCAUGGACUAUCUUCCCCUUUCGGAGUUCACCAAGCCAAUCAGGUUCUGGCCUGCCAUCGACUCUGCCCUACGCGCAGCAGCUUGCGCGCGAAGUGUGAAACUCCGUCUCCUGGUCAGCUGCUGGGAGCACUCGCCUGCCGCCAUGUUCACCUUCCUGCAGUCGUUGCUAGUUCUCAACAGGCCGCCCAUGAAAUGCGACAUUGAAGUGAAAAUUUUCACAGUGCCCGCGACCGUAGAGCAGAUGAAGAUCCCUUUUGCUCGAGUCAACCACGCCAAGUUUAUGGUCACCGACAGAGUCCUCUAUAUCGGCACAUCCAACUGGUCCGAGAUCUACUAUACCGAGAACGCCGGAGUGGGUUUGGUGGUGAACCAGACAGAUUCCGAGGUCAGACAAGGCCAGCGGACAUUGCAGAGCCAAGCAGAGGAGCUCUUCCUCCGAGACUGGAGGUCUCAUUACUCCAGCACACUGUCGGCCACCGACGUCAGAGUCUGCCCUCGUAUGUCACACUAAAUUAUUGAUGAGCAUCUCUCUUUGCUGCCUGUCCAACUUCAUCCCUCCUUUUCCCCCUUUUAGCAUGCUAAGGGACUGCUGUGAGAAACCACUGUAUAUAAUUGCCCUUUUUAUGGUUGGUUUCCCAAUCAUGUUUUUGUGCUCAGUGCUGUUGAACUACCAAUCUGAGCUGUACAGAUCCCUCCCCUUUUUGUUUUUGCAUCGAGCAAUUUGUAUAUGUUCUGCAUGUUAUUUCCUCAGGUAAUUUCAAAAUUCUGGGUAUGCAAUACUAAGACUUGGAAAAUAUUUAAAAAAAUGCUGCA